GAAUUGAUCGACGAACGUUCAAGCUGUUGCAUCUAAAACUGUUAAAGGUUUAAUAGAGUAAAAAAUGUUUUUUGGAGCAUUUUUGAAAUAGAACCUUUUUUCUAUUCUCGAUUACGUAAAAACAAUUGAUAAACUAACCGUCCGGAGAUUUUAACAGGUACUUUAAAUAAUUUUUAUCUAUUUUAUUUGGGUUUUUUUUUCUUUUUUUUACUUUCACUAAAAUUAAAUCAAGCAUGCCAGAAGAAUAUUCAAGCUGCAUCAACAGUCGUAUAGUCUAUCCUUGCUGUAUCUCUUUAUGCAUGAAAAAAAAACAAACAACUAAUUAUUAUUUCCUUUUUAAUCUCUUUCGUAAAAAUUGAUAAAAAAAAAACUUCCGAAAUAUUUAAAACAAUCAAUAUUUACUUGCGUUGCAGAUGUUUACAAUCAUUUUUGGCCUCUCUUUAAAGUAAUACGAUUUUUUUUAUUCCACCGCAAAGAUGAAGAUAAUGCUGAAUUUUGUUCUUGUACUUAUAAAUGUACCAAACGUUUAUCUUCAGGAUCUGUUGUUUACGUGCGAUUUCGAGAGUACUUUUUGCAACAUGGUCCAAGAUAUGACAGAUGCAACGAAUUCGCUCUUUGAAUCAGGUUCUUUUGAUUGGCAACGAUAUACUGGAAAAACGCCAACAUCGAAUACAGGUCCAACUACUGGAGAUAAUCAAAGUAAAUACUAUAUCUAUAUCGAGACUAGUGAUCCUCAGCGAUCAAAUGAUGCGGCUAGAAUAUUCCUUCCAACCUUACCUUUUCAAGAGGAAAUAUGCCUCGAGUUUUCUUAUCACAUGAACGGUUCAGAUAUGGGCACUCUAAAUAUUAUAACUCAAGCGGCUAUUGGACGUGAUAGCCCUAAGGACAUAGUCUGGACUAGAUCAGGAACCCAAGGGAAUGAAUGGAAGGAAGAAAAAAUCUCUGUAAAUGGAAGAAGAAGAAUUGGGUUUGAGGGUAUUAAAGGUCCAGACUUUCGAUCAGAUAUUGCUAUCGAUAACAUCAAAGUAAGUUCUGGAAGUUGCUUUCAAGCUCCAUCAAUUUCGCUACCCUUCACCUGCAAUUUCGAGCAAAAUUUUUGUGGUAUGACUGCAAGAAAAACUGAAAUUGCUCCAUUGAAUUGGUUAAGAUGGAUUGGCUCGACUCCUACAGCAGCUACUGGUCCGUCUGCUGCAGAAAGUGGCCAAUGGUAUACUUUUGUUGAAGCUGAUGGAACAAGAAGUGGUGACAAAGCUAUAAUAGAAACACCAUUGAUUGCCAGAUCAAGUGAUGUUUGUAUUGAAUUUUACUACCAUAUGUACGGAGCAAACCAGGGUUCCUUUUUAGUUUAUGUUCAAAGCAAAACUCAAAAUAGACCGAUAUGGCAAGAAACAGGUAAUAAAGAUAAUAUUUGGCAAAUAGUUAGAGUGCCAACUACUUUAUCGGUUUCGGACAAAAUUGGUUUUGUGGCUACUGUGGGAAAUGGUAGAUUUAGUGAUAUAGCUAUGGACUCCCUCCGUAUAACAAAUGGCGCCUGCCAAACAUCGGGAAGUUCGAUACCUUGGAGUUGUAAUUUUGAGAAUGAUCUGUGCUCUUUUAACACCUUUGAGAGAAAUGACUACUGGAGAAGGCACACUGGGCCAACUUUUACUCCAAAUACUGGGCCAUCAUUUGCCAAGGGAGGAAGAUAUUUUAUGUACUUUGAAGCUAAUAGUGGACCAGAUAGGGCUGGAAUGCAGUCUCCAUCCUUCUCAUAUACAGGCCCCGUUUGCGCUAAUUUCUACUACCAUGCAUACGGUGCUAACGUAGGCGAACUAACACUUUGGACGCAAAAUCGCGGCCCGAAUGAUCCUUGGUGGAAAAUUGUUGGAAAUCAGGGAAACAUAUGGAUAAACGCCCAGGUACAAAUAUCUCUGUCAGGUAAUGACAGGGUUGGUUUGAUAGCAAGACGAGGUAAUGGGGAUCAGUCUGAUUUUGCAAUAGAUGACUUUUAUUUAGAACCAAGAGAAUGCCCUUCAAUAGCUUUACCAUGGUCAUGCGAUGUUGAAAAUGGAUGGUGUCAAUUGAAAAAUAAAAUUCACUCUGGGGUAGAUCAAUUUGAUUGGACAAGAACAAAUAAGGUAUCAUCUAUAGCUAACACCGGACCUACUCGCGCUCAAUCGGGUGCCUGGUAUCUUUACGUUCAAGCUGACGGUAGAAGUGCUGGAGAUAACGCGCUAUUAGAGACACCCGUGUUCAAUUUCGUCACUAGUGUUUGUCUAUCAUUUCAUUAUAAUUUGAAUGGUGUCAACGUUGGAUCCCUAGUUGUGUAUACUCGAAGUCAAGGAUCAAAUAAUCCUUCCUGGGAGAGUCAUGGUAAUCAAGGUAAUGUCUGGAAAAAGAAGAGUUUAACCUUGGUACUGGCAUCCAUGGAUACAAUCAUUUUCAAGGCAGUAAUGGGAAAUGGUAUUUUCGGAGAUAUUGCAAUUGAUAAUUUGAACAUUCGUGCAGGAUCCUGUCAGAAUUCACAACUGCCUCUUCUUUGUGGCUUUGAAACAAUUGGGCUAUGCGGAAUGUUACAGUUGAAGAAUGAUGAUUUUGAUUGGUUAAGAAGUACAGGAUCCUCUCCCGCCACUAAUAGUGGACCCCAACGAGCGUUUGCAGGAAACUGGUAUUUAUUAGCUGAUUCAAGGGCAAGAAAAGCUGGUGACAGAGCAAAUUUAGAGACACCGAUUAUAAAUCAUAUAGGAGACAUUUGUUUGUCAUUUUAUUAUAUGAUGUAUGGUUCUACAGUUGGUCAUUUAACUAUUUAUACUGAAAAAAGAGCCUCAGGGGCAUAUUGGUGGAGUAAGCACGGAGAUCAGGGAAAUGUUUGGAGACCAGCUCAAAUUGACAUUAGAAUUGAGGCUCAAAAUGAUAAAAUUCUUUUUGAUGCAUCAGCAAACGAGGGUCCUUCAGGGGAUAUAGCCAUAGAUGACUUGCGUAUAGAACAAGGUCGAUGUCUUGACAAUGACAAUUCUGGUGGGAGCGGUCUUCCUUUUCAAUGCAGCUUUGAGAAUACCGACCUUUGUGGGCUUGUUCAGUCAACAUCAGAUGACCAAAAUUGGAUAAGGAUAAGUGGCCCAACACCAACCUCUGAGACAGGACCAGAUAGAUCUUCAGAUGGACAGUUUUAUAUCUAUUUUAGGGCAAGUGCGGUCAACACGAACAGUGCCAGAGCAAUAAUAUCGACAAUGCCCAUUCGAUAUAGUGGUGACAUCUGUAUUCGAAUGGACUAUCAUAUGUUUGGGAUCAACAUGGGGCAGUUAUUUGUAUCAAAUAAUUUGCAAAAUCUUUGGUCAAGUACUGGUGAUCAAGGAAAUAGUUGGAGACAAGCAAAUAUAGAAUCUAGAAUUAGUUCAGGAAACUCUAUUCGUUUUACAGCUGUUAAAGGAAAUGGAAUAUUCGGCGAUAUAGCCAUAGAUCGUUUAAGCAUAACAGCAGGAAGUUGUACCACUAAUACAGUUCGUUUACCAUUCCAAUGUACUUUUGAAUUUGAUUUAUGUCAAAUGGUACAAAGCAAAGCAGAUAAUGGAGACUGGCAACGAAUUAAUGGACCAACACCAUCAGAUGCAACUGGCCCGGAUAAGGCACAUAGCGGGAAUUGGUAUAUUUUUCUCAAUUCCAGAAUGUUUUCUUUUAAUGACAGAAUUAAGAUUCAUACGCCUGCGAUUGACUAUGACGGAGCCAUAUGCUUGAGUUUUUACUAUUAUAUGUAUGGAAGAGACGUAAAGCGAUUGUUUGUUUACGGAACAGCUGCAGGUGAAAUGAAACCGAUUUUUGACAGGACUAAUGAGCAACCUAGAAGUUGGCAAAGUGUUGAGGUUGAUUAUGCAAUUAAACGCGACGAACAACUUGUUUUCGUUGCCGAAAGAGGCUCUGGAAUUCAAUCUGAUAUAGCUGUAGAUUCCAUUCUUAUCAAUCCAAACUCAUGUUCUGGAGACAGAUUUAGUUGUGACGCUGAAAAUGUUGGAGUUUCUACGUCUAGUCAAUGUUACCUUUCUCAAAUACACACAGACGAUUUACAGUGGUUGAAAGGUACAGGAAAAACUCCAUCUGGCAAACUCUUCGAUAGAAAGAUUAACAAUGUUCCAAUACCUGUUACUGGUCCAACUCGUGCUCAGCAAGGAAGUAGUUAUUUGUACAUAGAGGCUUCAAAGGCUGGUGAUGGGCAGGUUGCUAGAUUAAAACUAGAUGGUCAAGUUAUAAAUAGUGGUGGUGCAAGAUGCUUAAGAUUUUGGUAUUGCAUGAACGGCUAUCAUAUUAAUUCUCUUAGAGUUUUUCAAAGCGAUUCAAUUACAAAUUUUCAAAGGAUUCAACGUUGGGAAAUAUCUGGCGAUCAAAAAAAUCUUUGGAAGGAAGCUGCAGUUGAUUUGACAUUACCGUCUUCGGGCGGAAAUGUUGAAUUUGAAGCGGCUACUUCUGGUCAUUACUCCGGCGACAUUGCUAUUGAUAAUGUUAUUUUUACAUUUGGUCCCUGCCAAGCUUCAUCUACUGUUACUCUAUGGGAAUGCAAAUUCGAAAUAGGUGGCAACAUUGCCACAUUUUGUAGAAUGGAACAAGAUAAGAGAGAUGCAUUCGACUGGUCUUUGCUAUCGGGAGAGACUCCGUCAAAAAUGACAGGACCAAACAGGGCGUACAAUGGCGAGUAUUACAUUUUUAUAGAAGCGAGUAAACCGAGGAGAAGAGGAGAUAUGGCCAAAAUUCUCUUACCUCAAUUGAAUACUGGUGGAAGAGGAUGUCUCCAAUUUAAAUAUCAUAUGUACGGAUUUCAUAUAAACGAACUAAAUGUCUUUACAAGAAUUGGAUCUCAAGACACAAUCAUCUGGAAGAAAGUUGGACAACAAGGAAAUAGAUGGAUAGGCGAUCAAGUUAACAUUGAAACUAUGAGUCCAAAUAUUCGAAUAGGUUUUACUGGUAUAAGAGGAGGGGAAUAUUCGGGAGAUAUAGCUCUGGACGAUAUCCAAUUACUACCAGGAACAUGUCCAACAUAA